ACAAAUCAAAAUCAUGUAUAUUAAAAUAUCUAGUACCAAAAAAUAAAAUACCAUAGAUUCGAUGUUUUGACUAUAUACUUUUCUCAAAUAAAAAAGUGGGAAAGUUUCUGUCUGAACUUAUCAGUUUAAUUUGCAGACGUCAAAAUUGUUGGUCGUUUGCAACACUAAGAAAUUGAGAAGCAAAGUACUAAUUCACAUUCACAUACAAUACAUAUAAGAACACAACACAGACACAAAACAAACCGAAUCACAUUUUUUGUCCACACCCUUUCAGUCUUUUGUAAGAGAUUCAUCGUUUUCAACGACAAAAAACAUAGGAUCAUUGAUUAAUGUUACUUGGAAAACAUGAAAUUCUGCAAAAAAUACCAAGAAUACAUGCAAGGUCAGCAGCAGAAGAAGCUUCCUGAGGUUGGAUUGAAGAAGCUCAAAAAAAUCUUGAAGAAAUGCCGUAGAGAUUCUUCUCAAUCUCAUAAACCAUCCCAAACAUGUCCCAAUCAAUGCACAGUGUGUGAUGGAACAUUCUUCCCUUCACUUCUCAGUGAAAUGUCUGAGAUAGUUGGUUGCUUUAAUGAACGUGCACAGAAAUUGCUUGAGCUGCAUCUUGCUUCUGGUUUCAAAAAGUACAUUUUAUGGUUCAAAGGAAAAGUUCAUAAAAAUCAUACUGCUCUUAUUCAAGAAGGUGAAGAUCUGGUUACUUAUGCACUCAUAAAUGCCACCGCAAUCCGAAAAAUCCUAAAGAAAUAUGAUAAGAUUCAUUAUUCGAAGCAAGGACAGUUGUUUAAGUCACAGAUUCAGACUAUGCACAAGGAAAUUCUUCAAAGUCCAUGGCUUUGUGAGCUUAUGGCAUUCCACAUUAAUUUAAGAGAAACCAAGGUCGAAUCGAGGAAGGAAACUGCUUUGUUUGAUGAAUGUCGUCUCACAUUUAAGGAUGGAAAACCAUCACUUACUUGUGACCUCUUUGAUUCUAUCAAAAUUGAUCUUGACUUGACUUGUUCUAUAUGCUUGGACACAGUGUUUGAUCCAGUUUCUCUGACUUGCGGUCAUAUAUUCUGUUACAUUUGUGCUUGCUCAGCUGCAUCAGUAUCUAUUGUCGAUGGACUUAAGGCAGCAAAUCCUAAAGAAAAAUGUCCUCUAUGCCGAGAGCGUGCAGUUUAUGAAGGCGCUGUACACUUAGAAGAACUAAAUAUUCUGUUAGGCCGAAGCUGUCAAGAAUACUGGAAACAACGGCUUCAAUCCGAGAGGGUAGAGAGGAUUAAGCAAAUAAAGGAACACUGGGAUUCACAGUGUAGAGGGAUCAUGGGCGUUUAAGAAGAUCAUCAGCUUUGUUAGUUUCUCUGAUAGAGUUUGAGUGCAGGAGUGGUUACAGGCUGAAAAUAUGAAUACACAUUUGUUUAAUUGUCAUUUUGUAUGUUAUUAUAUUAAUUAUAAUUAAUUGUAGUGAAGCUGCUUUCAAACUA